UGCAGCAGCAUGGCGGCUGACGAAGCGGACGCGUUAAACCUGUUCGUUAGCAUCGGUCUUACCGAGAGCAAGGCUCGCGAGACCCUUCGGAACGAGGCGCUCACCGCGUUGCUCCGCGAGGCAGUCAAACAGGCUCAGAGGAUCCUUGGCUCAGCGGUUGACAAGACAGUCGGCACUCUGUUAUAUAAUGUGGCUUCGCGGCUUAAGGACCCAAAGAAUCUCAGCUUCCUCGUGGAGUACAUCGCUACCAAGAAGAUUGCUACAGAUCUCCAGCUCAAUGCUGCUCUGGAAUACAUUAAAAACCACCCUGGGGAUCCCAUUGAUGCAGCAGACUUUGACAGAGAAUGUGGUAUUGGCGUGAUUGUAACACCAGAACAGAUCGAAGAAGCGGUGGAAGCUGCUAUCAGCAGGCACAGCGCCCAGCUCCUUUCAGAGCGUUAUCGCUUCAGCACGGGGAUUCUGAUGGGGGAGGCACGGAGCAAGCUGAAAUGGGCAGAUGGCAAAAUCAUUAAGAACGAGGUGGACCUGCAGGUGCUCCAUUUACUGGGCCCAAAGACAGAAGCUGAUCUGGAAAAGAAACCUAAGGCCCCAAAGCCUCGCGCUGCUGAGCCCGACAAGAAGGGGAAGGCAGCUGUGGUGGAAAACGGUGAUGUGUACCAAGAGACAAAAUCCCUCAUGGAGCAGCUGAGGGGCGAAGCGCUCAAAUUCCAUAAGCCAGGUGAGAACUACAAAACGGAAGGCUACGUUGUGACGCCCAACACCAUGAACCUCCUGAAGCAACAUCUGGAGCUCACCGGCGGACAGGUGCGCACACGAUUCCCUCCUGAACCCAAUGGCAUCCUGCACAUCGGUCACGCCAAAGCCAUCAAUUUCAACUUCGGCUUCGCCAAGGCAAAUGGCGGGAUUUGUUUCCUGCGCUACGAUGACACAAAUCCUGAAAAGGAGGAGGAGAAGUACUUUACGGCCAUCCGUGACAUUGUGGAGUGGUUAGGGUACACCCCUUAUGCGGUGACGCACGCCUCCGACUACUUCGACCAGUUGUACACCUGGGCUGUGGAUCUCAUCCGGAGGGGCCAUGCUUACGUUUGCCACCAGAAGGUGGAAGAAAUCAAAGGACACAACCCACCCCCUUCCCCGUGGAGGGACCGGCCGGUCGAGGAGUCGCUCCUGCUUUUUGAGGACAUGCGCAAGGGAAAGUUUGGGGAGGGCGAGGCCACGCUGCGCAUGAAGAUGGUGAUGGAGGAUGGGAAGAUGGACCCCGUGGCUUAUCGCAUCAAGUACACACCGCACCACCGCACUGGGGAUAAAUGGUGCAUCUACCCCACCUAUGACUACACACACUGCCUCUGCGACUCCCUGGAGCACAUCACACACUCGCUCUGCACCAAAGAAUUCCAGGCCAGACGCUCCUCCUAUUUCUGGCUGUGCAACGCCCUGGACGUGUAUUGCCCUGUGCAGUGGGAGUACGGGCGCCUCAACCUCCUCUACACGGUGGUCUCCAAACGGAAGAUCAUUCGCCUGGUCGAAACAGGGGCGGUCAGGGACUGGGACGACCCGCGGCUUUUCACACUGACGGCUCUACGGCGCCGAGGCUUUCCCUCAGAAGCAAUCAACAACUUUUGCGCUCGGGUGGGCGUGACGGUUGCCCAGUGCACCAUGGAGCCCCACAUGCUGGAGGCCUGUGUGCGGGACGUGCUGAACGAACAGGCACCUCGCGUCAUGGCUGUCCUGGAGCCGCUGCGGGUGACCAUCACCAACUUCCCUGCACUGCACAAAACCGUAGAAGUCCUUGUCCCCAAUUUCCCUGCGGAUGAGACCAAAGGCGUCCACAAAGUCCCCUUCCAGGCGACCGUCUAUAUUGAACACAGCGACUUCCGGGAGGUUCCAGAAAAAGGCUACAAGCGCCUGGCGCCCGGGCAGCCAGUGGGUUUGAGGCACGCAGGCUACGUCAUUGCAGUCCAGAACGUCAUUAAGGAUACUGAUGGACGUGUGCGAGAGCUAGAAGUCACCUGCACAAAGUCGGAGGCAGCGGAGAAGCCCAAGGCCUUCAUCCACUGGGUGUCAGAUCCUCUUGGGUGUGAGGUUCGACAGUACGAGCGGCUGUUCCUGCACAAGAAUCCUGAAGACUCCACAGAAGUGCCAGGGGGCUUCCUGAGUGACGUCAACCCUGACUCACUCCAUGUGAUUGAGGAGGCUCUGGUGGACAGAUCUGUGUGUGGGGCCAAGCCCUUUGCCAAAUUCCAGUUUGAGCGGCUUGGCUAUUUCUCAGUGGAUCCCGACAGCACAGAUGCAAAGCUUGUGUUCAAUCGGACAGUGACCCUGAAGGAGGAUCCCGGGAAGGUGUGAUGAAACGUCCAUUACAAUUUCUACUUGCGCACAAACGUCCUCAGGAGUUACUUCCUCCUCUUCCUCCCCUGCAUGGCCAGGGGUGAUAGUGGCGUGUAGGACCAGCACCAUUGUCUGCUCUAGUGCCACAGUUGCCUUAACAUGCUUCCUGGGUACAGACCCAUCACAUCAAUAAAAAAAGGAGCCUCCGUAUAUUUUCA